AUGGCCGCGGGCGGACGCACACCUAAGCAGAGAAGAUUCGAAAUAUCAGCUGUUAUGGGAAGAACUACUCCAAGAAGACGACGCGGAAGUUGCAAGUGCCUAUUUGGGGCACCCGACCGGGACGAAACUAAACGUCUGAUGGCGGAGCAGUACGCUAGAGAUAGGAAGCGUUUUAUUAAACGGUUUAAUUUUGAUGUGGAAACUGACUGUGCGUAUAAACCAUCAAAGCUGGAUUCGCCGGUUAAGUUCUGUGAGGAAAAAGAAAGCCCUAGGACAGGUGUGGAGGCCUUGGCGUGUGUUGAGAAUACUGAAGUGAGGGUAUUGGGGUCACCGUCUAGAAGAAGUGCUGGAAGUUCGCCAAGAACGCCGCGGACACCGAAGACGCCCAGGGCUGCGAGGACACCACGCACACCUAGGACUCCAGCAUCUAGAAGACAGCUUCAAAUGACAGGUUAG